AUGGCAACAAUGGAGAGCUUGAUCGGUUUAGUGAACAAAAUCCAAAGAGCAUGCACUGUGUUAGGCGAUCACGGAGGCGAAGGCUUGUCGCUUUGGGAAGCCCUUCCUACCGUCGCCGUUGUUGGUGGUCAGAGUUCUGGAAAAUCAUCAGUAUUGGAAAGCGUCGUGGGGAGAGAUUUUCUGCCUCGUGGAUCGGGCAUUGUAACGAGGAGGCCAUUGGUGUUGCAACUCCAUAAAAUUGAUGGACAGUCAGAGUAUGCAGAGUUUCUGCAUGCGCCAAAGAAGAGGUUUACUGACUUUGAGGCUGUGCGAAAGGAGAUUGCUGAUGAGACUGACCGCAUAACAGGGAAGACCAAAGCGAUAUCUAAUGUUCCAAUUCACCUGAGCAUUUAUUCUCCUAAUGUUGUCAACUUAACACUCAUAGAUCUUCCUGGGUUGACAAAGGUUGCCGUAGAGGGACAACAAGAGAGUAUCGUUGAAGAUAUUGAGAUGAUGGUCCGCUCUUAUGUUGACAAGCCUAGUUGCAUUAUUUUGGCUAUCUCACCUGCUAAUCAAGAUAUAGCAACUUCGGAUGCUAUAAAGCUAGCAAGAGAAGUUGAUCCGACAGGUGAAAGGACAUUUGCCGUGUUGACUAAACUUGACAUAAUGGACAAGGGAACCAAUGCCCUAGAUGUACUUGAGGGUAGAGCAUACAAGCUCCAGCAUCCAUGGGUUGGAAUAGUGAAUCGUUCACAAGCUGAUAUCAACAAGCAAGUUAACAUGAUAGCUGCUCGUCAGAAAGAGCGGGAAUAUUUUGAAUCCAGUCCGGAGUAUGGACACCUGGCUCAUAAGAUGGGGUCGGAGUAUCUGGCGAAACUUUUAUCUCAGCAUUUGGAGGUUGUCAUUAGGCAGCGAAUCCCCAGCAUUAUUGCUUUAAUAAAUAAGACAAUAGAUGAGCUUAAUGCAGAGUUGGACCGUAUUGGCAGACCCAUUGGCGUAGAUGGCGGGGCACAGCUGUACACAAUUUUGGAAAUGUGCCGUUCUUUUGAUCGUAUAUUUAGGGAACAUCUAGAUGGAGGGAGACAAGGUGGAAGUAGGAUAUAUGGCGUCUUUGACCAUCAACUACCAGCUGCUCUCAAGAAACUUCCAUUGGAUCGCCACCUUUCACAAAAUAACGUCAGAAAAGUUAUUUCAGAAGCAGAUGGGUAUCAGCCUCAUCUGAUUGCUCCUGAACAAGGAUACAGAAGAUUAAUUGAUGGAUCACUCGGAUACUUCAAGGGUCCUGCUGAAGCUUCAGUUGAUGCUGUACACUUCAUUUUGAAAGAACUUGUGAGGAAAUCUAUUGCAGAAACUGAGGAAUUGAAACGAUUCCCAUCACUUCAAUCUGAUAUAGCAGCAGCUGCAAAUGAUGCACUUGAAAGAUUCCGUGAUGAAAGUCGUAAGACAGUUUUGCGAUUGGUGGAAAUGGAGUCUUCUUACCUGACAGUAGAAUUUUUCAGAAAACUUCAAAUGGAACCUGAGAAAAAUGCAAAUGCAAAUCCAGCGGGGCCAAAUACAGACCGGUACACUGACAAUCAUUUAAGGAAAAUUGGUUCAAAUGUGACGGCAUACAUUAAUAUGGUUUGUGAUUCCUUGAAGAAUACCAUACCCAAGGCUGUGGUUUAUUGUCAAGUCCUAGAAGCUAAGAGAGCACUGCUAAAUCGAUUCUAUGCUCAAGUUGGAAGGAAGGAGAAGGAGCAGCUUGGUAAAAUGUUGGAUGAAGAUCCUUCUCUCAUGGCAAAAAGAGAAGCCAUAGCCAAGAGGCUUGAUCUGUACAAGUCAGCACGAGAUGAAAUUGACUCGGUUGCAUGGAAAUGA